AUGGCCGACUACGACGCCGCACGGCGCGCAUUUCGCGCGAUCGACCCUCUCAAUGAGACGCGGGACCGCCUUACGAUCGACCUCUCAGAUUUGGAGUCGGCCUGUCGCCAUCUCGGGGUCGUCCUCUCGAGCUACGAGCUCACACAAGCCAUGUACGACUUGGAUACGGCCGGCGACUUGGUCGUGGAGCUCGACGCCUUUGUCUUUUGGUGGCAGGCGCGUCUUGCGUCCAAGGACAAUGACACAGCGAUGGCCGAGGCAGCGCCGAUUGUGCGGCUCUGGGAACACGUCAUCGAGCUCGACGGGAGUGCCUACUUUUACGACUACACCACCGGCGACGUGGUGUACGCGCUCCCAGAUCUGAUUGCAAAUGUCCUCGCGGCGUACGAGCUGGCCGACAAGUCGUCGAUGGACGAGAAGCUCCAGUGUUGGUUUCAGCGCUUUGACAUUGAUCAAAGCGGAUCCUUGGACGUCGAUGAGUGGCGCAGCAUGCUGAUCGCGCUAGGUCUGCCCGUGCCUCCGAAAGGAACCAUGCCAUCGACGAUGCGCGACGUCGCUGGCGGUUUGGGCGACGCGACACGGAUCAGCUAUGACAUGCUGCACACGUAUUGGUACGCGCAUGCUCCACAGCGUGUGCGGCGACGCCUCGUCGACUUUCCCGAGUGGACAGAGACGGUCGACGAGGCUGGCAAUGUCUUCUACACCAACGACCGCACCCAAGUGACGACGUGGAUGCCGCCGGCGCUACCUGCGCAACUGCACGUGUUCUUGGACCAGUCUCCUGGGGCCACGAUCGAAAGCAAGAUCGACCGGCUCUUUGCCUCGUUGGACGUCGACAACGAUCUGUCGCUGAGCGCUCUGGAGUUGCAGACCCUCCUCAAGACAUUAGGGUACGUCGACUGGCCACAAAGCCGUGUGGAAGCCGCGAUCCGCGCCCUCGAGCCAGGAUACGACUUGGCCUCAAAAGCCACCGUGGUCGCCUGGAUGCACAGCUGCAACAAGAAAGCGGUGCUGGGCGACUGGGAAGAAUACACGGAUGAAGGCAGCGGCCAAGUGUUCUACUACAACCCGCUCACGCAGGAGAGUCAGUGGGAACCGCCGCAGGUGACGUCGCACCUCCAAGCGCUUUUGGACAAGUUUAGCUCGGACUCGACCGUGACGACCAAAGACAAAAUUCGACGGCUCUUUCAGCAGUACGACACGGACAACACGGGCACAUUGGACGUGAGCGAGCUCAAGCGCGUGUGCGCGGCCAUGGGUCAAUCCCUCGACGAGACAGACAUGCAGGCCAUGAUUCGCGCGAUCGACACGUCGGGCGACGGGCUGGUCAGCCUCGACGAGUUCCAAGCGUGGUGGCUCUCCAAGCAAGCUGUGGACGAGCAGUGGGACGUACAACAAGAGACGCUGUCCCGUGCUGACCACGUCCGGCACCUCUGUGCUACGUACUUGAAAGUCCCGAUUCCCGUGUUCCUAGCGUCACCAUUCGAUUCGAAUGCGAUUCCACGUCUGGUACAAGCGCUCGGUCGUGUCUGCCGCGGCAAAGCCCUUCUGGAGGCCUUGCACAAUCUGGACCCAGAGAGUACUCAUGUGGUUGACCCCGAAGCUUUCGUGCAAUGGUAUCUCGCCUACGACACAGCGUGUGCAGCCCAAGAGAAGCGACUCCGCGAAGAACAACGGGCCCAAGAAGCCGUCGAUGCGUGGAUAGAAUCCAAGGAUGAGCACGGCAAAACGGUCUAUAUCAACAGCCGCACCAACGAACGCAUGUGGGAAAAACCCGGCAUUCAAGAAGCUAUGCAGACGCUCUUGGCGUCCGUGGGUGGCCACGAUGUCCGUCGUAUUUUUCGUCAAUUUGACGAAGACAAUUCCGGGACAAUUGAUGCGGCGGAGCUCAAACAUCUUUUGAUGGCGCUCGGGCAGUCGGUCGACGACGCGCUUUUGCCGCAGAUUCUGGCUGGCAUGGACACGGGCGGGGACGGUGUCAUUUCGCUCGACGAGUUUACGACGUGGUGGGUUUGCAUGCAGCGGCGGUCGAUCGCCACUCUUAACGCCCAAGCCCUCGCGGGCCAAGUCAUCGACUACCACGCCAUGACCAAAGACUCGAUCCGCGCCUUGCGACAGCUCUUUGCCCAGUUUGACACGGACCACUCGGUAGGUUCGAUCGACGAGAACGAGCUCAAGCACCUAUUGUCGCGGCUGAAUUGGUCAUUGCCCGACGCCGAGCGACAUCGCCUCAUGCAACUCAUCGACACGAGUGGUGACGGACAAAUGGACUGUGACGAGUUCAUUGCGUGGUGGGUCACGGUGCACCGCGAGCUCGAUAUCAACAAGUCGGCUCAAGUCAACGGCCAUCUCUUGGCCGACGCGAUGGCAGCAAGCGCUUCUGGAAAAGAGGAUACGUCUCUGUUGGCGUCCCUCAAAGCCAUCGACUUGAGCGAAGUGUCGUUCGCGAGCAUCAAGGACAAGCUCUCGGACCUCAAGUACCGGCUCCUUGCCCCCAAGCUCGGCGAUCUACUGCCAGAGGAAACCGAGCCCGAAGUGUACGACGGCGGCCGCGUUCGCUUCCUUGGCGCAAUCAACGUCACAGCGAUUCACCCUAUCAUUGUCGACACCAUGCGCUGUCUGCUCGAUGACGUCGUGCUCAUCACGCUGCUGAUGCUCGCGGAUGCCGCGCAGCGCAUUCAAAAAAUGUACCGCGCCAAGCGGGCCCGUCAACAACUCAUUGUGACACUCAACGAGCGGUAUGUCCACCACGUUGACCGUGUCACGGGCGCGUCGUACUACAUCAAUCGACUCACAAAAGAAGUUCGGUUCGACAAGCCACCGCUGCUCGGUGACCACGAAAUCUUGACGCCGCGGACAGCGCUGCGGGACAAGCACACGACGCUGGCGCUGCGGCGGCGGCGGCUCUGGCUCGAAAACGUCAUGCCCACGAUGGCUCUGCAAGGUCGGGCCACGUACCGCACCGCGGCGUUCUUCAUGUAUGACGUGCUUUGCCACGUCAAGCGGCGAUUGCAGCGCGGCGUAUGGCCCGCACUACGUGAGCACAACCAUGUUCUCGCGCAGCUGGUCGUUCGUCGGUACCCGCGCCAGCUCAAGCGACUCGGCCCCCACGGCGACUACACGCUGCAUUACGCCCUGCGCGAGGCCUUGCCUCCCGACGUGAUUCUCGCGUUUUUGAAGGCGCAUGACGAUGUUCUGUCGCUCAAAAAUGCGACGGGGCACACGCCGACGCACCUCUUGGCGCGGUCGCCCAACAUGCGCGACUCGAUGCGUCUGUUGAAUGCAUUUUUGGACGCACCCCGGGGCACCGACACCUGCACGAUGGUCACAACGUCGACGCAUUUGACGCCACUGCACUUGGCGUUGCAGCACCACGCGCCACGAAAAUUCCUCUUGCGCCUCAUGGCGGCGUGCCCCGGCGCCUUUUGCUUGCGCAACCACAACUUUGAGCAGCCCCUUCACAUGGCCGUGCGUAGCGCUCGCCAACCGCUUUCGCUACGGCUCCAAAUCGUCCAAGACUGCAUUGAUCACGGCACGAUGCUGCACUUGCUCCUCACCCUCCAGCCAAGUGCGGUGGCCCAAGUCUACCGCCGGCUCUUGCCGCUCUUUUUGGCCAUGAAAAAAGGGUGUUCGCCAUGUCUCUUGCUGCGUCUUCUCGAGAUGACCAUGGCGCACGUGCCCGCCGUGCACACGUCGAGAGCCUUCAACCCGCUGCACUACGCACUGCUCUACCGACUGCCACCGACGUUUGUGCUCCAGCUGCUCGCGACGUGUCCCGCUUGGGCCCAUGAGGUGACGAGUCGAAACGAGUACCCGUUGCAUCUCGCGGCCAUGUACACGGAGGAGAUAGCCGUCUUGAGAGCGAUUCUGGAGGCCGCGCCAUUGGCCGCUCGCCACGUCAACGACGCGGGUUGCCUCCCACUGCACCUGGCGGUGCUGCGCGGCGCGACGGCGUUAGCGAAAGAGCUUCUUCACGUGUGCCCGUGGGUGCUUUUGCAAACGAUUCAAGGGACCAAGUACGACGCUCUGUUACUUGCGACGCGCGUGCGAGCCAAGUGGCCGACCAACUCGGCGCUUGUCGACCUCUGUCUCUACCCGCCGCCGUUGGCGCCGACGCGGCUGAAGUACACACACUUGGCGCUGACGCCGUACUUUGUGGCUGCCAAUACGCGCCUGAGUGCCAUGACGACGUUUGACAAGCUGCACAUGCUGGACCACUGCAGCACCGACGACUUGGAGGCAAUUGCGCGCAAGAAGCUGCGCAGCGCGUUUCACAAGCCGACAAAAGAGUGGGAGAUCGCCAAGAUCCUAGCGCUCAUGGCUCGGAAUCCGCUCGACGCAGCGGUGCAGCUCCGCAGUCUCGUCGCACUUAACCAAAAGGUGUGCCUCUACGACGAGGCGGCGCGGGAAGCGUGCGUCGAGGCGCACGAUAUUGUCCGCACGGUGCAGUACGCCAUGUACGACUUUACGCCCCACGCGCGCAUUCAGAUCCUCGGCCAAGCGUGUUUGAACCACCUGCUGCCGACGCCCUUUGCCAAAGCCAAGUACCAAAGCCGCGUGGACCCGCUCUACAAAUUUUAG